CGCGCCCCCUCCGCCAAACUUUUGCCGGCGCUCGGCCGCCCCGCGGCUCCUCCCGGGAGGCGAAGCCGGAGCCGUGCCCUCGCCCCGGGCGGCGGCGGGUGCCCGGGGGGCUCCCGGCUUCUUUCCUCAGCUUUUUAUUGUUUUUCCUCUUUUUUUUUUCUUUUUUUUUUUUUCUUCCCCGCGGGGAGGGGUGGGGAAGGGAAGGGGCUAUAAAGCGCGAAGGGACGUGCGUGACACAGUCCCCGCCGCAGCCCGUCUCCACCGGAGCGGGGGGCUAGGUCACCACUCGCCCCCCUAAAAAAACCACCCAAGCCUCCCCCUAAAAAACCACCCACGCCUCCCCCGCCGCGGGAGGGACAGCACGGCACGGGACGGGACCGGACGCCGCAAGGAUGCUCCUGCUGCGCUGCCCGCUGCCGCUCCUCCUGCUGCUGCUGCUGCCGCUCGACUCCAGGCCCCAGAAGCUGCCCACCAGGGAUGAGGAGCUCUUCCAGAUGCAGAUCCGGGACAAGGCGUUCUUCCACGACUCGUCAGUCAUCCCCGACGGAGCCGAAAUCAGCAGCUACCUCUUCCGAGACACCCCCAAAAGGUAUUUCUUCGUGGUUGAAGAGGACAACACUCCCUUAGCAGUGACAGUGACACCGUGUGAUGCCCCUCUGGAGUGGAAACUGAGUGUGCAGGAGCUCCCAGAGGAAGCCAGUGGGGAAGGAUCAGGAGACCCAGAGCCCCUUGAGCAACAGAAACAGCAGAUUACCAACGAGGAAGGCACGGAGCUCUUCUCCUACAAAGGCAACGAUGUGGAGUACUUCGUGUCCUCUAGUUCCCCCUCUGGGCUGUACCAGCUGGAUCUGCUGUCGACAGAGAAAGACACCCAUUUUAAAGUGUAUGCAACCACGACUCCAGAGUCGGACCAGCCUUAUCCUGAGUUACCUUACGAUCCCAGAAUCGAUGUCACCUCUCUGGGACGUACCACGGUGACGCUGGCAUGGAAACCGAGCCCUACGGCCUCUUUGCUGAGACAGCCCAUCCAGUACUGCAUAGUCAUAAACAAGGAGCACAACUUCAAAAGCCUCUGUGCUGUCGAAGCCAAGCUCAGCUCUGACGACGCCUUCAUGAUGGCUCCAAAGCCAGGUCUGGAUUUCAGCCCCUUUGACUUUGCCCAUUUUGGCUUCCCUGCAGACAGCAACUCUGGCAAAGAACGUGGUUUCCUAAAAUCCUCCAAGUUUGGGCGGCAAACAUCCCCAAAGCCAAGAGUUGACCUGCAUAGAGUUUGUGUGGGGAACAAGAACAUCUUCACCGUGUCUGACCUGAAGCCAGACACGCAGUACUACUUUGACAUGUUUGCAGUGAACACCAACACCAACAUGAGCACUGCCUAUGUCGGCACCUUUGCCAGGACCAAGGAGGAGGCGAAGCAGAAAACAGUUGAGCUGAAGGACGGCAAAGUUACAGAUGUGUUCAUCAAAAGAAAGGGAGCCAAAUUUCUACGUUUUGCCCCUGUUUCAUCUCACCAAAAAGUCACCUUUUCCAUUCAUUCCUGCCUGGAUGCUGUUCAGAUUCAAGUUAGGAGGGAUGGAAAGCUCCUCUUGUCUCAAAGUGUGGAGGGCGUGCGGCAGUUCCAGCUCCGGGGGAAAGCAAAAGCUAAAUACCUUAUUAGGCUGAAGGGCAGCAAGAAAGGCGCUUCCAUGCUGAAGAUCCUGGCUACAACCAGGCCUAACAAGCAGUCAUUCCCUUCCCUUCCCGAAGACACGCGGAUCAAAGCCUUUGACAAGCUCCGCACGUGUUCCUCGGUCACCGUGGCGUGGCUGGGCACACAGGAGAGGAACAAAUUCUGCAUCUACAAGAGGGAAGUGGAUGACAAUUACAAUGAAGAGCAGAAGAAAAGAGAGCAGAACCAGUGCUUGGGUCCAGACACGAGGAAGAAGUCGGAAAAGGUUCUGUGUAAAUACUUCCACAGCCAGAACAUCCAGAAAGCAGUGACCACAGAGACAAUCAGAGGCCUGCAGCCUGGCAAGUCCUACCUGCUGGAUGUUUACGUGAUAGGGCACGGCGGGCACUCGGUGAAAUACCAGAGCAAACUGGUGAAAACAAGGAAGUUCUGUUAGUGCCCCUGGACGGAGGAACACGGGGAACUCCAGACUGAGCAUUAUCCUGCUUCCGAGUAUACGGAUUGACUACUUGCACAGCUGAGAAGUUGUGACCUGUAUUUGUACGUGUAGAAAAGAUAUCAACUUGUAUAUUUAUGUUUACAUAAGUCAUUGUCUGGAGGAACUGAGGCUGGUGCUGUCUGGUAGAAGCUGGCAGCGGUGUUAUCAUGUGUCCAGUGAUCCACAUGUGAUGCUCAGUAGAUGUCCAAGGUAGCAGAAAACCUCGGAGGAACUGGCACGCCUUUGCUUCCAUAUUGCAUGAACUGCUUCUAAAUUAUUUUAUACUUUAAGAGGCUGAGAUACAUCAUUUGUUCACCUUGUUACUCACACACACAACUCACAGACAUAUGCCCUUUCUCUCAGUGUAGAUGGUAGGGUUUCUGUAAAUUAUUUUAUAGAGUCUUGUUUUAAAUGUUUAUGUUUCUAUGAUUGUAAACUAUUAAAAUCUCCCCCCAAUAAAAUACAGAUUUAAACUAAGUAUUAACUGGGCUGCACAUAAAGCAGUUUCAUUGCUAAUGUAAAUUCUUACCUAGCUGAUUUUCAUGUUUAAAUACUGUAUGUAUUUCAUGUACAAAGUUGCCAUAACGUUAUAUUCCUGUACAUAAAAUUAAAAAAUAUUAGAUUAUA